AUGCAGUAUUACAAAUAUACCACAGAAUAUUUUUCCAGAUUUUCUGUUCUUCAUGAAUCAACUUUAUUUAAAAUUUUAGCUGAAUGCAAAGCAUCUACUAGACGAGCAGUUAGUGGCUUAAACUACUGUGCUGCUAAUGGUAACGAGGCAUUCGACAAUAUUAUUGAAUUAAUUAAUGGUCUUACUCUUGACACAAGUGAACGUCAUCGCCUUGUCAAUAACAUAAAGAAAGGCAAACAAUAUUUAAAAACGAACUUCAAAGCUAAUGUGGCACGUACAUCACGUGUUUUUGAUCAUUGUAUAUGCUUUUCGCUAAGUGAUCCCACAUCUAAUUCUUUUUCAGCGGCAUGUUCUGACCAUGAACAUGAUCAAGUAUGUUCUGAGUGCUUGUAUCUCGCACAAGCAUUACAAGAUACCAAGCAAGCAAUCGAAAAUAGUAAAGACAAGGAAGAAGAAGUUAAACGGAAAAUGCACAAGUUUACUCUUGCUUAUGAUGCUAUUCAAGCUUGGAAAUCCCAUCAAUUAAGAUCAAUUAAUCAAGACCUUGGAAGAGAGAAUGUUUUAGAUGUUUUAGGUGAAGAUGCAAUUUAUUUGAAUUUAGAUUUUGCCAUGAAUCCUCGGGUUCAUUGUGAUCAAGAACAAGAUGAAUUUAUGGUUGGGAAUCGAAAACAAACUCUUCUUGAAGAAGAUGAUGAAGAAGAGAGUGAAAGCGGAUGUAAUUCUGAAAAAGAUUCGAACGAUUUCGAACAUACAGUCUUUGUCCAUGUGAUCGAUCAAUGCUCACAAGAUAGUAAACUUGUCGUCGCAAUUAUUACUGGUAUAUUUUCAAGAUUAAAAGUACAUGAUAGUUCAAUUGGGCAAGCUUGCAUACGCUGUGAUAAUGCUGGCUGCUAUCAUAGUGCUUAUACAGUGUUAUCGAUGCCAGCUGCUUCCGAGAAGUGUGGAAUAGCAGUACGAAGAAUGGAUUUCGCUGAUCCUCAAGGUAGUAAAGGUUCUAGUGAUAGAUAUGCUGCUAUUAUAAAAUCUCAUGUUAGACGUUAUCUAAAUGAGAAACACGAUGUUACAAAUGCAGAGCAAUUUGUCGAAGCUUGUUUAUCCUAUGGAGGAAAAGUCAUUAUCGGAUCACUCGAUCUAAUUAAACCAUCACCUGAAAUAAUCUUCGGUUCAUCUGUUAAUAAUAAUUUGUCAGGUUCUAUAGAUGUCAAUCUUCGUGGCGAAUGUACUGAAUCGGUCAAUGAAGCUACAAACUUAUUUGAAUGUCCAGAGGAAACAUGUGUAUCUUCGUUUGUGAAAUACGGAAAUUUACUUAGACAUCUUGCAGUUGGUAAUCACCGUCAUAUGCCCGAAAAAGAAUCUCUCAAGGAUGAUAUUGCAGUGCACGAAGCAAUCGAAAGAAUAACAUUCUUGAAGAAAACAAACGAAAUACCAGAAACAGCAAGUAAAGAAAAACGUCCAUUAUCAUUAAUACAAAAUGAACCAAGUACACCAAAGCGUUCAACUACCUCACACAAUCAAAAAUAUUAA